AUGGCGACUGUCUUUCAGGUUACUGUUCACGUCCAUCCCAGAGAUGUUUCGCGAUUUCUGGAAGCUUCAGAGCCGACAAUCGAAAAGAUGAAGAGAGAGUCCGAGCUUAUGUAUUUCGAGAUGUAUCAGAUGCACGAUUCUCCAGGUACGAUAAUCUGGAUUGAGAAAUGGUCUGAACCGGUGGAUUGGAUACUGAAACACCAAAUGACCAAGGAUUACUACAACGACUACUUUGAUGCAACAGAGCCUUUCUACAUAAAACCGCGAGAACUCAAGAUUCUUAGCCCCCUGGGGCCUCGGUAUGCUUACCAGAAGUCGUAG